CAGCCUGCUGCUUUUGUUUUACUCCUUUAAGCAGCUCCUUUGGCUGCUGGCGGACAGAAAGAGGCAGAAGGAGCGUCCGCGGCGCGGUCAGCCUCUGCCACACCCGUGAUGAGCCCAGGCUGCGCUCGAUGGCGCGGGGAGAGAGGAUGUGUCCCGAACACAGCUGCACGGAUGCGCUCGGCUUGUUUUUGUCUCAAGGUGGAGCUUACCUUCGUGCUAUGCUGCUGAACGCUGCCCUCACACGGACCCUAAUACCGAGCUCGGCUGUCCGCGAAGGAAGCAGAAGGGCCACCAGCAUGCUGCCCGUUCAAUGAGAACGACGCCAGGAGAAGAGGGGACGUGGCCGCAGCAGCACGAUGGCUGAGAAUGAGACUAAUCUAAAGACAGCCAGAUUAUGGAGGGACGCUGCUUUGCGCUCCAGAAAGCUGAGGAGCAGUUUGCGCCAUCUGACCCUCAGCACGAAAAACAGCCAGACCAUUACUCUGCCCGAAGACAUCAAGGAGAUCGAAGUGCUCAAUCUGGGUAAUAACUCUCUCCAGGAGCUUCCAGAAGGACUGGGUUCUACCCUCACCAGGCUUCGCAUCCUGAUACUGCGCAGGAAUAAGUUUGCAGCUGUGCCUUCUGCAGUGUUCCAGCUCAGUCAGCUGGUCGAGCUGGACAUCAGUCACAACUGCCUGGGCCACUUCUCGGAGGACAUUGAUCUUCUGAAGGGGCUUAAAAAGCUCUGCAUCAGCCACAACAAGAUCCAGUACCUCCCCUCUCAGAUUGGGACCCUGCAGUGCUUGGAGGAGCUGGACAUCAGCUUCAAUGAGCUCCAUGAUUUCCCCAGGUCCUUCGCACAGCUCAGGAGGCUCCGGACGCUCGAUGUGGAUCACAACAAGCUGCAGCGUUUCCCACCAGAGAUCCUUGCUCUCAGUGACUUGGAGGAGCUGGACUGUUCCGGCAAUAAACUGGAGGGCCUCCCAGGUAAUAUAAUGAUGCUCCAAUCCAUCAAAAUAUUGUGGCUGAGCAGCACACACCUCUCUUCGUUACCUGAGACCUUCUGUGAUCUGCAGAAUCUGGAGAGCUUGAUGCUCGAUAACAAUCUCCUCACAGCCCUGCCACAGUCCUUUGGGAAAAUGCAGAAGCUGAAAAUGCUUAAUCUCUCGUCCAACUCCUUUGAAGAUUUUCCUCAGGUUAUCCUCAAGAUCACUAGUCUGGAGGAGUUGUAUUUGAGUAGAAACAGGCUGUCUUUUCUUCCAGAGGAAGUGGGCCAGCUGUCUAACCUUGCCAAUUUGUGGCUGGACAAUAAUAGAAUAACAUUUCUCCCGGACUCUAUCGUGGAGCUGGAGAAACUGGAGGAGCUGGUUUUACAGGGUAACCAAAUUGCCAUCCUUCCAGACAAUUUUGGAAAACUUGCCAAAGUCAACAUUUGGAAAGUUAAGGACAAUCCUCUUAUACAGCCUCCAUAUGAGGUGUGCAUGAAGGGGAUCCCUUAUAUAGCUGCCUAUCAGAAGGAGCUUGCACACUCCCAGCCUGCUGUGAAACCAAGACUAAAGCUUGUUUUGAUGGGGCAGAGAAACGCAGGAAAAACUAGGCUCAGGCAAUGCAUUGUAAGCAAACCGCUGGAUGCUAAGACGAUACCUGGAGCGAGGGGGAUAGAUGUGACUAACUGGGUAGCAGAUGCUAACCGCAGUCUUACAUUUAUAGUAUAUGAUUUAUCAGGGAAGCAAAACUAUGAUCUCAUCAAACCGUUUUUCCUCUCACCCGGAGCGCUGUACAUCUUGGUGGUGAAUUUAAAGUCAUACACCUGUAAGAGCUUCUACUCCAGUGUAGGAUAUUUCCUCCACCUGCUCAGUGCAAAGGUGCCCCAUGCAGUGGUGUGCAUUGUGGGCACCCACACUGAUCUCUGUGACGAUAGCGAGCUGGAGGAGAAGUGCUUGGACAUCCACAUGCAAAUCUCCCUCCAGGAGAAGAGGGACAUUGACUGCCUGCAGAUGCUUGCUGUACAGGUGGACCAGGCCCUGGAGCAGGGCUAUGAUGUUAGGGCGUCUAGCCCUCAUGUACUCUUUUAUGGAGUCUCAGACAAGAACCUAAGACGCAAGAAAUCCCAGCUGCAGUACAUGCUCAACAAUCGGCUGCAGAUUUUGUCGCCGGUAUUUUGCGUCAGCUGCAUGGAGGCACAGAAGAAUAUUCAGCGCUUGAAGGAAAAGCUCAUGUCGGUUGCUGAUCAUCGUGAGAUCUUUCCUAACCUUCACCGGGUGCUGCCAAAGUCGUGGCAGAUGCUGGAAGAGCUCCACUUCAAGCCGAAGGACCUGUGGCUUUCAUGGUGGGACUCAGCCCGGCUGGGCCUUCAAGCAGGACUGACGGAGGACCGGCUGCAAAGCGCCCUCUCGUACCUACACGAGAGCGGCAAACUGCUGUACUUUGAAGACAGCAUCACGCUGAAAGAAUAUGUCUUCCAUAAUCUGCCACGGUUCAUCGCCAUCUUGAAUGUUUUCUUUCAGAAGGACCUUGCAGCAAUGCUGGAAAAGCUCCAUUCUGAAGGGGAGGGUGGUGAUAAUGCUACUGCCUCCCAAAUGCAGCAACAUGUGGAAGGCUUUCUGCUGCAUGGCCUCCUGCCAUCCAACGUCAUCCGCCUGCUCCUCAAACCUCUCGUGCAGACGCAACAGGACUUGCACCUGAUCAUGGAACUGUUGGAAAAGAUGGGGGUUUGCUACUGCGUCAACAAACCCCGCAGCAAACCGUUAAAUGGAGCCACUGUCUUGUACAAGUUCCCCAGCCUAGUCAGCAGCGAGGAGGCCCAUGCUGAACCCUGGAUGAACGGCGGCUCGUUGAUCCCUGGUCAGUUCUUCUCUGUUGAACAGCUACAGAUUGAGUACAGCUUUCCUUUUCUUAUCCCCCCUGGACUCUUCGCACGGUACAGCGUGCAAAUCAACAAUCAUGUGGUGCAGCGCUCUGAUGGAAGGCAUUACAUCUUUGCCUACCGAGGUAAAGUGCCUGUGAUGGUGAGUUACCGUCCCUCUCGAAACAGACUGCAGCCAGAGAUGCUUGCCAUUUCUAGCCAUGCGUCUUUGCCAAAUAUCUGGACAGCUUGGCAGGCCAUUACCCCUCUGGUGGAGGAGCUGAAUGUCCUUCUGCAGGAAUGGCCUGGUCUGCAUUAUUCUGUUCAUGUCCUGUGUUCCAAGUGCCUGAAGAGAGGGUCACCCAACCCACAUUCCUUCCCAGGUGAGUUGCUUAGCCAGCCUCGGCCUGAGGGACUGACUGAGAUCGUAUGCCCAAAGAAUGGCUCAGAGCGAGUGAACGUGGCACUGGUCUACCCUCCUUCUCCUACGCUGGUCAGCCCCAGCCAUAAAUAACUUCCCCUCCCCAACACAUUCAAAAGACUGAAAAUGCCCCCACACCCUGCCGCACCUCUGAUUCUCCUCUAUAACAAACACACACAGAGCCAUGUCAGUGUGUGUGUCCUGCUUCUACUUCCUCGUGUAUCCUCUGAGUUAUGACAGCUGGACUGGACAUGUGUUCAGCUGGCCAUGUGGGCACAUGAAUGAGGGAAGAAUCAAAAACCCCAGACACUUGUUAAUCAGCUCUGACUGCCAGCUUCCAAUAAACUAACAGUGUUACAGACGGGAACUGAAAUCUCACACCCACGGACAUCUUGAGAAGCCGGGACUUUGCCCCAGUACCACUGGCCCACCUCAGAGUUUCAUCACUUACAUCAGAGCAUGGAUUAUCUUCAGAUCAGCCACAUCUGUUUUGAUCUCAUGGCACUUUCUGGACUGUGAAAAGAAAAGGACGGGGAAGCUUACAGUGUUGUGAGGAAUACCACUUUGUUGCAGGGACUCUGUGCUUCAUAUGAUGUGCAGUUUCUAGAAACAUGCUUAUAAAAACAGUUGUUCUGUGAGGGUUCUGUAGGAUCCAGUUCCACCAACCCUUCCAUCGAAGCACCACACAAAUGUUGGUUCCUCGUCUCAGUAACCGUUCCUGAUUAUUGAUGUGAAUUAUUGAUGGCAGGGCUGCCUGAUGUGGACAAAAUGACAAAUAUUGCAUAGUUAAAGAAUGGCCUGCAUUAUUUUGACCAAAACGAUUUCAGCUCAGUUUGUCAGCUCGUUUAUUAGCGCCCUAAUAGCUGGUGAACAGGACUAAUUAAAGGGGAAGUUUACCAGUUUUUCAAGAUUGUAAACAAAGACCUUCAGAACAGUUAGAUUUGAAAUAUUCCAGUCUAGAGAAACUAACCAAGUCAAAAUUAUUCACAGCGGUCUUGACAGGAACCAGACAUCUGAAGCAUUUUAGUGCUUCCUAAAGGCACAUCGCAGAAAACUGUUGCAUUAAAUGGUUAUGAAUACACUGCCUGGUGCCUGGGACAUUGUUUUACAGCACACUCAAAAAAAUGAUGGUUCUUUCAAGGGUUCUUUAGUAAAGAAAAUGGUUCUAUAGAGAACCAGGAACACUUUUCAUGAUUAAGAGGUUCUUUGCAUCAUGAAAGGGUUCGUCAGAUUGUUGGAGAAUGUAUUGAAUAUGGUCCUACGUAGGACCUUUUUGGAAAUAGUUCUACAUAGCACCAAAAAAAGGUGCUUCUGUAAUUACAAGCUUGACAUCGUAACAAUAGAAGAACGCUUAUUAGUGCAAAAGAGGGUUCUACACAUUCUCCAUCAAUCUGAAGAACCUCUUAGUCAUGCAAAGGGGUCUUUAAGAGUUGAUGGUUCUCAAGGACCCUUGAGGUUUGAGACAUGUCUAAAACAUUCUCUUUGAACCCAUUAAUGACUGAGAAGAACAUACAGGAUGUUAUAAGGCCCAAAUAAUCCCCAAAGAAAAUGUACCACUAUAUUACCAUCAUGAACAUUAGGGACAUUUGUAGGUCCUAAUGGACAGUGAAAUAAAAUGACUGUAUUUGGGAUCUAGACGUCACAUUCCUUGGUUCCUAUCACCACCAUUGUAAAUAAAUUUGGACUUUCUCUACAAUACAGUUUACAUUAGACCACUCUGAGUGACUUUGCUUACACCUCAGUGACUAAAUUAUACACCGUUUUAUAAAAUUAGUGGAAUUCCCCUUAAUACUUUAAGUAGUUGGUGCCCAGAUUGAUUCAGUUUCAGUCGUGUUCAAACCUCAUUGCUGUAGAGGUUUUAUUUUUAAUGGUUCUGUACAGUUGCUCCUGUAGAUCCCUAACAUAUAAGUACUUUAUCUACGGACGUACUUAAGAACUUUUUGUCUUUAAGAUUUAACUGCAGCUGAAGGAUCCAUUUUCAGAUUAGUGUCUGUAGGCCUUGCAUCUGAACCUGUUCAUUUAAAAGAGGCAACAUAUUUCCUGCCCAGUGAGCUUUGCAGUGCUUUUUGGUUCUAAAAGCACAGGGUGUUCCUUUUAAUGAAUCAGUGAGACAGUAAACAUUGGACAACCAGGAACACUGGGAGGAAAAUUGGAGCCGGUUUAACAGGCUCAAAUUAGUCUUAUAACGUCUCCUCAACCUGUUUGUAGAAUCCACGUUACAAGUAUACUCCAAUCUGAUGACACCAGGCAGAAAGUGACAAUGACUGUUUGAUUGUGUAGUGAAAAUGUAUUUUAGGACCUGUUCCAACCUGGUGAGAAUACAGAUACAGAUACUGUAUGAUUGAGUGAACAUGUACAUCAAGCUAUGAACUUGUAAUAUUACAUGGUUGUUAAAUGAGCAAGGUGUCUGCAUCCCUACCUAGUCUCUCAUAAUCACCACCACAGAUAAUCAUUUUUGAGAAAUAACCGAAAACACCACUAUUUAAAUGUGUUUGAAAGAAACCCACCUGUUCUCAUUUGUCCUUCCCUCGGAAAGUUCCCUUCUAAGGUUACUGGAGGGAAAACUGUACUAUAUGAAUCUAAAGAAGCCAAGGGUUUUGGUCUGUGGCGACAGUUGAAAGUAGAAGCAUAUCCGAACCAUUCAUGGGAUUAUACGGCUGUAAUUCAGCACCUCUUGCUGUCUUAAAAGACUGCCCAGAAUACGUUGUGUAUAUAUUGUAAUAGACAAAGUAAAUCAGCAAAUUGUAAAUUUGCCAGGCCGAAGAAGUGAAGCUGUUUAUAAGGUUUAAGCAAAAAUGAUGUGUAUCAUUUCCUUGUUCCUCCUGGGAAGGACAAGUACUGUAAUAUAUAUAUUGUUUAUGAAAACAGUUGAUAAAUUUUUGUACAUAAUAUUUUUAUUUUUGUAAGUUGAUACGUUGUCACCAAACUCCUUUCGCAUUAUUUACUGCACAUUGUGCAUGGCUACUGUGCUCAAUGUUACUACAGAACGUGCUUUCUAAUUUAUGAACAAGUUAAUCAGUCUCAUUAUAUGACCGUGAAAAGCACCAAAUACAAAUGUUGGUUUCCAAA